AUGCCGACGCCGACGGUUCAGCAGACUGAACAUGCCGACUCCCUGUACGUCCACCACGACCCUGAUUCUGAGCAUGAGGGGCUGAGGCACGCGCACCACCACGACCUCGAGGAGCCAGAGAUCUCCCACCACGUCCACCACGUGGAGCCGGAGGGCCUGUCACGCGAGGGAGGGAGGAGGUCAAGGCGGGGGAGGGAGAAGGCAGCGGAGGAUGAGGUCUCGGGCUCUCGGAUGUGUCGAGGAAGUUCGUCGUGCGUCUCGGGAAGGCAGUGGUCGGCGGUGGAACGCGAGGAGACGGCGACCGUCGUUGCCGAUUGGAAUGGAUCGUCUCGUUGGGAGGGUGGAGGAGGUGGCGGGGACGCGGGGCGGCUGCUGGCUGCUGCUGAGUGCUACUGUGGAGGAACACGAAGACGAAGUGAAGAAUAUGGACAUCACAUGAUCUCUCCUUCUUUCUCCUCCUUUUCUCUCUCUAAACUCUCACUCUCACUCUCCCUCCAACUUUACCUUUUCACCGCCUCCUCCAGCUCCUCCGCCGCUCCUCCCCUUCACCCCACCCACCGCCAUCAAUUCCCAGAUCUCCGCUUCCAUUCCCCGUAUCCCAAAUCCGGAAUCCGUCGAGUCGCCAUGUUGGCGGCUCGAUCUCUGUUCCUCCUCUUUCUCGCGGCGGCUCUGCUGGCCGGCCUCGAGGCGGCGCAGCAGGGGAUCGCCCUCUCGACCAAGCUGAUUCACCGCUUCUCCGACGAGGCCAAGGCGUUGAGAGUUGGUCGGAAUGUCACCGCCAGCGUCUACUGGCCGGAGAAGAGGAGCUUGGAGUACUACAGCUUGCUGCUCGACAGCGACCUUCAGAGGCAGAAGAUGAAGCUCGGCCCUCGCUACCAGUUCCUUUUCCCUGUUGAAGGGAGCAAUACCGUCUCCUUGGGGAAUGACUUUGGAUGGUUGCACUAUACUUUGAUAGAUGUGGGGACUCCUCAUGUCUCCUUCCUUGUCGCAGUAGAUACAGGGAGUGAUUUGCUCUGGGUGCCCUGUGAUUGCUUGCAGUGCGCCCCAUUGUCGGCCCGUUACUAUGCCAGUUUGGGUCAAGAUCUCAAUGCAUAUAGUCCAUCUCAAUCAAGUAGCAGCAAGCUCCUCACAUGCAGCCACCAGUUAUGCGAACUUGGUUCAAAAUGCAAAAGUCCAACCCAGCAGUGCCCAUACUCUGUUGACUAUUACUCCGAGAAUACAUCCAGUUCUGGCUUGCUGGUUGAGGAUAUGUGGCAUGACACAAAGUGGUGGUUACUUGGAUGGAAUUGCCCCGGAUGCACGACCUACAUAGUUGGAGUGGACGGGUGUUGCAUUGGUGGUUCUUGCCUUAAGCAGACAAGAUUCAAGGCACUGAUUGAUAGUGGUACAUCUUUCACAUUUCUUCCUGAGGAUGUGUAUGAGAAGACUGCUAAUGAGGUAAAUUCUACUAUAUCAACCUUUGAAGGGUUAUCCUUGGAAGUACUGCUACAAGUCCAGGACUCCCCAAAAAUACCAUCAAUGAAGCUCUUGUUUGCAAUGAACAACAGCUUUAUGAUCCAUAAUCCUGUUUUUAUGGUAUAUGGCAUUCAGGGUUUGACUGGAUUUUGUUUAGCUGUUCAACCUGCUGAUGGGGAUAUUGGAAUUAUUGGACUGAAUUUCAUGACUGGAUAUCGGAUGGUGUUUGAUAGGGAAAACCUGAACCUUGGCUGGUCUCGCUCUAAAUGCGAAGACGAGAUCAUCUGGGCACCAGGCAAUCCAUCGGGAAGUGCUAACCCACUCCCAACGAACCAGGAACAGAGGAUUCCCGGUCAGCAUGCUGUUUCACCAGCUGUUGCAGGCGCUCAAGAAGAAGAAAAGCUCCAAACUUUCCUGCAAUGGCUGCUAGUGAACAAGGUUGAGCUUCGGAGCUGUGAGAUUAAGUACUGUAGCCAGAAUAAAGGGUUCGGAUUAUUUUCCUCCGGCGACGUCUCCGAUGAUGGAGUUGUUCUUGCUGUUCCAUUGGAUUUAGCAAUAACUCCAAUGAGGGUAUUGCAAGAUCCCCUCAUUGGACCGGAUUGUAGAGCGAUGCUUGAAGAAGGAGAAGUGGAUGACAGGUACCUCGACAUGCUUCCAACUACUUUUGGGAACCCACUGUGGUUUACUGAUGAUGAGAUCUUAGAGCUGGAAGGGACUACACUGUAUCGGGCAACUCAAUUACAGAAGAAGACUUUGAUGUCUCUCUUCGAGAACAAAGUGAAGAGUCUGGUGAGAAAACUUCUUGCUCUUGAUGGGAAUACCGAAAGGGAGGCCACUUUUGAAGAUUUCCUACGGGCAAAUUCUGUGUUCUGGAGUCGUGCUUUGAACAUUCCUUUUCCGCGUUCCUAUGUAUUUCCUACAUUUCAGGAGGAUAAUGGCUGUCAUUCCACCGUCGAUGAUAUAUUAUGUGAAGGUGGAGUUUCAGUGAACGGAAGCAGUGGAGAAAAUUUGAAAAUUAAAGUUUCUGAGGGCCAAGUCAAUGGAGCGCCUUCUAGCUCAAGUCAAGAGGAUACUGUUUGGGUAGAGGGUCUUGUUCCAGGCAUUGAUUUUUGCAACCAUGACUUGAAGGCUAUGGCGACAUGGGAGGUAGACGGGACUGGCUUGGUGACUGGAUCUCCUUGCUCUAUGUACCUCCUUUCUGCUGAGCGAAGCCUCUUCAGCGUUGGGAAAGAGAUCUCCAUCAGUUAUGGAAACAAAGGCAAUGAGGUUCAUUACCCCAUCGAAGCCAUUCAGAGUGCUCCCUUCUCAGAAGCCAAGUUGCAGCUUCUUCAGGCACAGAAAGCUGAAAUGAGACAUCUUUUGCCCAAAACCCUGCUAAACAAAGGAUUCUUCCAGGCAGGCUCCUCCUCGAGCAACAAUGGUGAAACUGAGAAGCCUGAUUUAAGAAAAGCUUCCAACUUCAGUUGGAGUGGUCAGCGUAGUGCGCCCUCAUACAUUGAUAAGCUGGUGUUUCCUGAUGAUCUCUUAACUGCAUUAAGGACCAUAUCCAUCCAGGAAGACCAGCUUUUCAAGGUCUCUUCAUUGCUAGAAGAGCUCGUAGGCUCUGACGAGGAGAGACAACCUACAGACUCUGAAGUAAGGACAGCUGUUUGGGAAGCUUGUGGAGAUUCAGGAGCCUUUCAGUUGCUGGUCGAUAUUCUGCAGACCAAGAUGGCAGAUUUAGAAGAGGGUACUGGAACAGAGGAAAACGAUAUUGAGCUGCUCGAAAAUGCUAAGGACGUUGGAACCAUGAACCAGAAGGAAGUGUUUGAGCAGAAAGGAAACUCGAAUGAAGUGAUGAAGCCAAUGGGUCGGAAUCGUUGGUCGAGCAUAGUGUACAGAAGAGGGCAAAAGGAGAUGACCAGAUUGUUUCUCAGGGAGGCAGAGCAUGCUCUGCAGUUGUCAUUGAGUGAAGGCAACUAAUGAUACUCAUGAACAUUUUAGUUUAAAUAUUAGGUUAGAUGUUUCUCAUAAAUAUUAGGUUAAUUUUGCAUAGCAUAUUAUCUACAUGGGGUAUUUCUUGGGGGAAAAAUUGAACUUCUAGUGCAUAAUCGGCGACAUCAACCAUAUAAUUUCCAAGAAAAUCAUGUGAAUUUUUGUAUCAGUGUUUGGUAGUUUCUCAU